GGGCACCCCGACACCCCAAGAUAAGGUUUGGGAGUGAUUGCGGCUCCGAUUCGGCUUGAUAGUUGAUCGACUUUGCAGGGCAGCUUGAGGCUGCGGCAGGCUCAGAAAUUUUGACCAAACCCAUGCCGAAAGGCACCCAAACAUCUGCUCGAACCACCCUUUCCCCCUGGCAAUGAGAGGGGGAGCUGUUAAAACGUGGAGGUGCCAAGGGAGGGGCACGUAAGCCCAUGCUCCACUCAGGACUCGUCUUACAACUGUCUCAUCUGGUACAGCUUCAAAUUCGGAUUCGCCUACGCGUGGCACUGCGCGGUGCACGCCUCAUCGCAGAGGUCUACGUAGGAAAGCUGGAUUUAUUCGGCAGCUAAUGACGUGUUGUAGUUUCACCUGACUCUGCCUACUGGUGGCUCGUACAGUGUAGCAGACGGCACAACACUCGAGAUUCCGCCGCGUGAUAAAUCAACAUAAAAAUUGCCAUACCCAUCGGACAUCCCAGUUCUAGAUUUGUGGGAUUACUCCGCCCUCCCCCCUUCCUUUCUUCUCCAGCAUGCCCCCUUCCUCCCUCAUCGUCUUCUUCGCCUCCUGCUCCUCAUCACUUUCGUCGUCUUUCUCCCUACUUACCCCCUCUUUCCAUCGCCAUCGCCUCCAAGGCUCAACGAAGUUGCGGCAGGAGUGCCCAUACGCAGGCUCCCACCUCACACUGGGCAGGAGCGAUAUGCGACAUAUCCGAUGGAUCGCUCUUGUCGUAAUGCCCGCGGCGCUGGCGUCUGAACGCGACCCCAGUUGCGAGUCGACCGCCAGCGGGGCGUGCUGGUCCCACGUGGGCACCGCGGAGGCGGAAGCGGAGGCCGUGGAACAGGAGGAGGCGGCGGCUCAGGACAUGCGGCUGCUGCAGGCGCGAGCCCCGCAGGUGGGCAGGCGGAGCGAGGAGGCCGUGCAGCCGAUCUGGCACUACGCCAAAAACUGCCUGCAGCCGACUCCUGGCAUGGCGGUGUGCAAUAUCCCCGGGAUGUGCGAGCACUUCUGCGGCCCUGGCAACGCGUGCUGCAGGAAGUACUCGACUACGGACCCUGCCGAGUGUCAGGGUGUGACCUUCUUCCCUGUGGCAGGCUAUUAUACUUGCGUCAGGGCUGCUCAGGCGCCUACAACCGAGGUGCCUAGCGUGCCCAGCGAGCCCUCGACCGAUGUGAUUACCACUACGGACUCCGAGGAACAGACCACUACUACCACAACGACCAUAACUACCACGACCACAACGACGUUGAUGGUCUGCGGAGACGAAGUCAGCGAGGAUUGCAAUCUCGACUACGAUGGAUCUAUCAACAGCACCGCGGACGCGGCACAAUUCUGCGAUAGAUGCAUCAAUGAGGUUGGCGAUUUCCCACUGCGCAGCCGGUGCAAGACAUGCUGUGAUAUUUGCAACCCGAUUCUCAAUGAUCUUCCACUCUAAAGUACUGUGCCAGCGUAGGUUUCUCGUGGUGCGCAUCAUCAUUCAUGCUUGGCGGAAUGUAGGGCUCGCCCUCGAGGCCACUGGUCGGAGGCCUUCAGCCUGCUGGUUGAAGCCCUUGGAGCGGGGGCCUCCCCCUUUGAGCCCAGCCCCAGCAGCUCCGCAUGGCCAAAGCGCCAGCCAGCGCGGAGCGGGCGUCACAGCAGCUCUGACAGGCGGCCUCCUCCAGCUGCUCAUUCCCUAGCUCUGGAGCCGGGGCGGGCGAGAGGGCGUGGAUGACGGGAA